GCCUGUCGCCAUUUUCAAAACGGCUAAAGCUUUAUUGCGCAGAGCAGCGUUGUUCAGCAAAUGAGUUUAAAUAAAGAGACGGAUCGUUUGAAUAAUUCAAGAGAGGGCGGUAGCUGCCGCUCAACACCGCUCACAACAAGAUGUUGGAGCUCCCAAACUACAGCAGCCAGCUCAUGCAACAGCUGUGGGCUCUGAGGAAGGAGGGACACUUCUGUGACUGCACCAUCCUGGUGGGAGACAGCCCUCACCGUGCACAUAAACUGGUACUGGCCGCCUCCAGCAUGCUCUUCAGGUCUCUCCUGGACGACGCCGACACCAUCUCCAUCGACACAGCCAUGGUGUCCUCGCUGGAAUUCGGCUGUCUGCUGGACAUGGUCUACACCGGCAAGCUGCCUCUCGGCAAACACAACGUGGGCCGCAUUGUCGCUGCUGCAGACAGCCUGCAGAUGUUCGACGUGGCAGUCGGCUUCAGAAACGUCCUCACCAGUCUUGUGAGCCAGCAACCCACAGUCCCAAUCCUCUCUACACAGAUCCCAGGCCACAUCGUGAUCAACAAAGCACAGAGCAUGAACCCUGAAGGUACAGUUUCACCCGGCGAGGACUCGACUUCAGACAAGACAGAGCUUAAGGCCGAGCUGGAGAAGAACGAGGGUCAGAGUGACAGUGAGGAUGCAGAGGAACCAGCAUGUAAAAGAACCUGUGUGGAGCUCACUCAGUCCUCAGAGGCCGAAGAAGCCAAAUCCUCAGAAAGUGUAGAAAAAGAAAACAACACAACAGUAGCCGAAGCAUCGAAUGGGCCUGCCACUGGUUUUCUGGAACAUUCCUUUCAGUUCGUGGAGCUCCUCAGCAACAUGUCGUCUGUCCUGGAGCAGCUGAGCCAGGCAGCAGAGAGAAGCCUGGAUGAACAGGAGAGACAGGUUGUGGCUCAGUGCUGUGAGGAGGAGGAGGAGGCAGACCCCAGAUUAGCGCUGGAGAGGCUGGUGAGCAGGGUGAAGGAGGGUCAGCUCAGUGAGGGAGCGGUCCUCAGGCUGCUCCACGCCGUUCAACAGAAAGCUGCCUUCCCCUCACUGCUCUCUCUGGUGGAGGAGGUGGAGAGGAACUCACAGCGGCCGGAAGGAAACCAAACUGGAGUUGAGUCAGAGAAGCAGAACGGCACCAGCAGUGAAGAAAAGCAGGAGGCAGAGGGGGAGGGAAGCAUUAAGGAGGAGACGGAGGACAACGAGAAGGUUGCGAAUGCCACGCCAGACUCCUCCCCUUCCCCCUCCUCAUCUUCCUCCAAGCCCUACUCCUGUCGCUGGUGCAAGAGGGGUUUCGCUUACAAGUGUCGCAUGCUGGCCCACGUGAGGCGCUGCCCCCAUUCCCAGGAGUGUGAGCAGCAGUGCCCUCAGUGUCCAGAGAAGCUGGCCAACCAGCGGGCCCUGCAGCGGCACCGGGCCGAGGCCCACCGCAACACCGCCCGGGCAAAAAAGAAGAAGGUGGCCUGCGACCUCUGCGGGCGGACCUUCGCCCACCCAUCAGGCAUGAUUUACCACAAGCGCACCGAACACUUUGAGGAGAAACCGUUCGUGUGCGAGGACUGCGGCGCCAAGUUCGGCGCCAACUCGUCUCUGAAGAAUCACAUGAGGCUGCACACGGGAGAGAAACCGUACCGCUGCAAACACUGUGACAUGAGCUACGGGGUGGCUGCUGCACUUGCAUACCACACCAAGAAGAAGCACUCUGAGGGAAAGAUGUACGUGUGCCAGUACUGCAAGGCCAUCUUCGCCCAGUCCAUUGAGCUGACGCGUCACGUGCGGACACACACUGGGGAUCGGCCCUACGUGUGCAGAGAGUGCGGCAAAGGUUACAGCCAGGCCAGCGGACUCACCGUCCACCUGCACACCUUUCACAAUUUGUCGGAACCUCAUGACUGUCAAAAGUGUUGUCUGAGCUUCUCCUCGCUGGAGGAGCAUCGCCAGCACAUCCAGGAGUUCCACCCGAAAGAGUUCCACAAGUGUCCCACAUGUAGCAAGGUGUUCACUAGCGCUGCCCUGCUGGAAAAACACAUGGGCACACACACCGGGGCCAAGCCCUUCAGCUGCGACCUCUGCAACAAGUCUUACCAGCAACUGUCAGGCCUGUGGUACCACAACAGGACCAACCACCCAGAGGUGUUUGCUAACCACACGCGACAGCUCAAGUCCCUGGUCCAGUGUGACGUCUGCUUCAAGUUCUUCCCCAGCGCCGCCACUGUGGCCAAACACCAGGCUGCUGAGCACCAAGGCUCCACGGAGGCGGCGGCGGUGGUUGCGUGUCCGUACUGCCCGGCCGUGUUUGGCGGGGAGGAGGAGAUGCGACACGUGGGCAGCCAGCACGGCGGCCAGAGCGCCGAGGCGUUCAGCUGCCCGAUCUGCUCCCUGGCCUGCGCCUCCCAGCUGGAGCUGCAGGAGCACCUGCUCUCCUGUCACAUGGAGACACAGGAGGAGCAGGAGGUCGAGGAGGAGCAGGCCUCCACUUCCUACACGGUGAUUGCAGCAGAUCCAACAGGCAACAAAAGGGCGGAGCCAAUCCUCUCUGAGGAGCAGGAACAGCUGGCAGCUGCCCAGCAGGUGUUUGUGGCUCUGGCAGGUGGGCGAGAGGGCGAGUUGUCGACAGAGGUGGUGGAGGUCAACAUGUAUGACCUGCUGAACAGCUCGGUCACCUUCAUCUGUGAGGACAAACUGCCAGGUCCUGGCUCUUAACCAUGAACUCUGACCCCUGGAAGAUGAGUCCGGAGCGCUGGGCAGCUUUAUGGGUUUAUGGACUCUUCUCAUCAUUAAACCACUACAACACAGGCUAAACUGACUCAACUCACAAGCCAGGGACUCUUUGUGAUGUAGGUUCAUGUUUAGUCCAUGAUGAUCGUUUCUGUAGUAGAGCUGUUUUUCAGUUUAAAUUAAAUGUGGUGAAUGUGUGUUUGACUUUACAUUAAAUACAGAAACCCA